AUGGCUGACGCCAAGCAGCAAGCCGCGAGCUUUAAGGAGGGAGGCAAAAAGGGGGUGGACCUCCAGGGCGUGUCGGCCAUGGGCGGCGUCUGCUUCUUCAACCUGGCGGUGGACACCCCCAACGGCGACAUGGCGCUGCUGGAGAAGGUGAUGGAGGGCGCCAACGUGGAGGUGGACGAGGCUGCCGAGGAGCGCAAGGGCGGCGCCGGCGACCUGGGCAAGUGCUUCCUGUCUGCGGGCGACAAGCAGCUGGCUGUGUACUUCCACCUGCCCAAGGCCCUGUCGGAGGCCAAGGGCAUCAGCCUCAAGGAGUGGUCCGCCGCAGUGCUGGGCCCCGUGGAGGGCCACCAGAUCAUUGAGGAGAGCGAGGAGUUCCUCAAGGCUGUGUCGCCCCAGGACCAGGAGAAGGGCUACUUCCCGCUCAAGCAGCGCGACGACGCUAUCAACGCCGGCUUUGCGUGGUUCCGCGAGAAGGGCCUCAUCCCCGCCGCCGACGACUCCUCCUCCGACGACGUCAACUACGCCGAGGCCGCCGGCGUGGAGUGGUGA